CGUAGGCCUUCGCGACCUCUAUUAUGGGAGCUUCUCCGUUCAAAACAACACCACCGCCACGUGACCUUUAGCUCGCACCGUGACGCAUGCGGUCAACGGUUCUCGACGGUUUCGACAAGCGGCAGAAUUCACUUUAUACCGUCAAGUACGGCGACUCCUCUACUUACGGACAUUCGACUUACGGACAUUCGACUUACGAACUUUAAGAGAUACGAACAUACCUGGUUAGUACGUCCAGUUGCCUGUUCGGACCGAGAGUCGUAAGUUCAACUGCCCCACGCAAUAGACGGCGGUGGUGGCUUCUACAUCUGCAAAACGUGAAGAACCAGUGGCAUCUACAUCUGCAGAACAUGAAGAACCAGUGACAUCUGUAGAACGUGAAGAACCAGUGGCAUCUACAGGAGAUGAUUCAACUUUGAAAGCCAUUCCCCGUGUUUAGUGUACACGCCAACAUGUUUGGAAUCGAGAGGAGUAAAGUUGAACAAAUCGACUUGCGAACAGACCUCUGCAACCGAACUCGUUCGUAAGUCGAGGAGUCCCUGUAUCUCUAUAUCUCCAUAAAUGCCCUCAAUAGUGCUUAGCAAAGUGGACACUUGACAAUGCUCUCUUUCUGUGUGCCGCGUUCUGUGUCACAGACGUCGGCGAUCAUAGACUUCCGUGUAGCUCUGUCCACGAUACUCAGGAACUUGGCAUUAGAUUCUACCCAGUUGCAUCCAACGCUUAAGAAGUUGCUUACACACUCAAUCCGCUGUGCUACCCGGGCUUCUUGUACCUUUGUAAUGCGAGCGCGGGCGACCUCCCGGAUGUGACGUCACGGAGAGGUGGAGUUAGGUGACGUGGGAGCAAGGUUAAGGUUCUUAAGAGACGAGACCGGAAGAGGAGGGCAGAACGAGUGAGACUGGACCAGAGUAAGGCCACGUGGGCGAAGCCAGGAGGAGUGGCACGGCGGCCAGCGGUGGCCAGCUAAAGGAACAGCCAGCGGAGCAGAGAGAGAGAAACAGCAGUGGGGCUGCUGGAGAGAAGGCGGUCGAGGAGCCGCAGUGAACACAGCCGGCGAGGCUGCGGGUGAGAGAAAGGCUACGAGAGCGACGAGAGGAGAGAGAGAGGCUACGAGAGCGACGAGAGGAGAAACUGCAGAGAGAACAGCCAGUGGGGGCUGCGUGAGGAUAACAGCCAGCAAGGCUACAACGACGACGGGAGACCAACAGAGGAACUGUUGGCGUGACGGAGUUAACAGCAGUAUCAGUGUCGGUAUAGAAGUCUAAUAAAAGGACAGCCGUGUGGGUUACGAGGAAGGACCGAAUAAAGGACACCAAGCCAGACUUCGUGGUCGAGUCCUUUAUUACAUUGGUGUCGGAAGUGCAACGGCAUGUCGAAACAAGUAAGAAAGAAAAAUGUUCCAGCGCCAGCAUCGGCUUCUUCGUCCGAAGACGACGACGACUUCCCUCCUACCAUGGAUCCUGCUGGGAUGGUGGAGGAGAGCCCUGCUGAAACGAGCGCGGGGACGGGAGUUGAAGAUGUAGCCGCAGUGUCAGGGCCGCCGACAACAUCAGACGCUGAUCUGCGAUGGCUGCAGGUGGCGGAGCAACUGGAGACUCUCAAGGAUGUCCUGGGCCAAUUGUGUCAUCUCGUCACCCCAAGGACGGCGACGGAGAGAGCAGAGAGUGCUCCACAGGCCGCCACGGUAUCUUCACUCCCGGCGCCAUCGGCCACGCGGCAGGAGGCCGCCAUCUUGCGCGUUCCGCGGUGGGAAACCACCAUCUUGACCACGCCGCGGUUCGACGCCAUUUUGAAUUUGCCACCGGAGGAACCAUCGGCGGAGGGCGGAGUAAAGCGAAGUCGGAGUCGCCAUCUCACCACGGUCAAAGAAUUCGCCAUUGGGGGCGACUGGAGCGCUUUCGCCUGCAGAUUUUUGGCGGCGGUCCGUUCUGCGAGAUGGACCGAUGCUGAGGCCUUAGAAGUGUUGCCGACUCUUCUGGACGACGAAUCUGUUCGAUUUUUUCGUUCCAUUAAGGCCGAAAAGAAGAAAACAUUAUACGGAGUUUUUCAAGAAAUGGCCGACGCCUACGAGCCACCUGACGACGCGCAUCGGCGAUUCGCUCAACGACAACGAGCGCCCGAGGAGUCGCCUGUGGCGUACAGGGGUGCGGUGCUUGAUUUGGCUAUGGCCGCGUAUCCAGAUACAACACCUGACCUGCUCGAGCCUCUCAUCUUGGGCAAGAUGCUCGAGCUGUCGCGGGAUCUUGGGAUUCCCAUGCUGGUGUGCGGGCAUGAGAAGCUCACCUCCCGGGCGGCGGCAAAAUGUCUGGAUGCACAAUUCAACCUACGACGGUGGAAACAAGUCGCGGCGUGGACAGGGGGGCCCGUCGCAGAGGGUGGCGUUCUGGGUUGGGACCCUACGCAGUCGGUAUACGUGCCGGAUGGGGGGGGCCCUCAGGAGCUGACGGCCGCCUCGGGGCCAUGGUCAGGCCGCGGUGGACCGGCCCCUCGUGCUGCACCACCGAUACGAGGCCGGCGCGAUGCAAGGCCUGCGCUUCGGCGCAACGACGCCGAUUGUUUCCGCUGCGGACGGAGGGGCCACUACGCAAAGGACUGCUGGGCCCGCAUCCCGGGUCCGCCGCAACAGGAGGCCUCAUUACCGGCCAAGCCGCCCAAGGAUCCACCGAAACAGGCAAGCCGGCCUUGACACCGGAGGGGACGAGGCGCCCUGCUCGGAGGGUGCCUGCCAGAUCUGCGGGACCUUCGAGCCCUGCAGCCCUUCCGACCCCGCUGCAGACACAUCCGCGGGACACGCCCGAGACUGAUCCUUCAGGGACACGGGACGUUGGUGGACUUCCAACAGCGACAGGGGGAUUUCACCCUGUCGCUCCUCAAACUCCAUCACGUUCCCGUUCCGCGGAUGGGCCGCCGACCGUCCGGGACGGGCCGGCGACCCGCACACGCUCUAAAUCCCUUGUGUUUCGUUGAUUGUUAUGUUGCGUUGUUCUUACUGUGUAUUUAUUGCCUGCUUCUGCUACGUUAUUUGAUUAUUGAGUUGUGUUGAUUGUUCUUACUGUUAUAUUGCAUGCUUGGUGUCCUUUGGUGUGUUAGGGUCGGGUUCGCCCGCAUUACUGUUGGUGUUGUUCAGCCGAGGUCGGCUGGGUUUUUCUCCACGGGGGAGGGUGGUGUAAUGCGGGCGCGGGCGACCUCCCGGAUGUGACGUCACGGAGAGGUGGAGUUAGGUGACGUGGGAGCAAGGUUAAGGUUCUUAAGAGACGAGACCGGAAGAGGAGGGCAGAACGAGUGAGACUGGACCAGAGUAAGGCCACGUGGGCGAAGCCAGGAGGAGUGGCACGGCGGCCAGCGGUGGCCAGCUAAAGGAACAGCCAGCGGAGCAGAGAGAGAGAAACAGCAGUGGGGCUGCUGGAGAGAAGGCGGUCGAGGAGCCGCAGUGAACACAGCCGGCGAGGCUGCGGGUGAGAGAAAGGCUACGAGAGCGACGAGAGGAGAGAGAGAGGCUACGAGAGCGACGAGAGGAGAAACUGCAGAGAGAACAGCCAGUGGGGGCUGCGUGAGGAUAACAGCCAGCAAGGCUACAACGACGACGGGAGACCAACAGAGGAACUGUUGGCGUGACGGAGUUAACAGCAGUAUCAGUGUCGGUAUAGAAGUCUAAUAAAAGGACAGCCGUGUGGGUUAC